AUGGGUCGAUCGACAAGGAGCGCAGUAGGAAGCGCGUUAUCCGACAAGACAUCCGUCGCAGGCACUAAUGCUUCACCACCAGCACCUCAAGAGACUACACCAACGCAACAACCACCCAAACGAUCAUCUCGCCGCCUCGCCAUCAACAAUACCCUUGCCCCUCCUUCCAUCGACUCGCCUUCCAAUGCUCCGAAACUGGUCAAAUCUGACACAAAUCGGGCUUAUGUCGCCACCACUGCAACAGCACCCCCUACGCAUAGAAGGGGGCGGAACAGUGCGACAAGCGCCACUCGGAAGGACGGGGAGGAUGCCCCGACUGAAGGAGACUUGAAUGAGAAAGAGAACAGACCCCCCACUACUUCUCACCAAACGCGUACCAGAAGCCGCAAGAGCAGGAGCAUCGACAGAGAGAGCACGAUCAUACCCUUGGGAGAUGUCACAGAGACGGCCGAGUCUGUGGAGAAACAGGAACCAAGAUUGAUCCUCGCCACCCAGACUGAUAACAAGCCUUCAAUUGAACCCGUUACCGAGACAACCAUUAAGAUCUUACCAGCUGAGGUCUCGUCCAUCGACGCCUCACGACAGAAGGAGCGGGGUCAACAGCAGCAGAAGCAACAUGUGUCAGAGGACUCUGGUGUCUCCCCUGCGGUCACCCAAGAGAAGCGCAAGUGGGCACGGCGCACAAAAGUGGUGAAAUUGGAAGAUGUAACCAGUCCCGUACCGACACCGAUGGACAGCAGAGCGAGCGAGGAAGGCGAGAGUGACGAGGAAGAGGAAGAGAACGAGCCGUCUGACAGUGAGGAUUCAGAUGGGGAAUAUGGCAAAACUAGCAAACGGCUCAAAGUCGAGAAAUCUGUGCCUUUGUUCAAGAGUACGCCCGAGUCAGAACUGUCAGAAUAUGAGAGACAACGCUUGGAGAAUAUUCGUCGGAACCAGGAGAUGCUCAUGUCCCUAGAGCUGCCAACCGCUGUCACCCAGUUGCAAAUCGCUACAAUGGAAGGAAUGCCAUCGCAAAAGGAGCGCACUUCAGCCGAUGACCUGUUCAAAGACACCCCAAAGUCUGUGAGGAUAAGCAAGCAAAGGGAAUGGAAAACUUCACCCAAGAUUGUGAAGCCUAUCCGAGUCUCCAACCGCAUCCGUGGCGUGGCGGUCACUCUAACUUUGAUUGGCGAGAACGACAAACUUGAACAUGGAUCGUCAUCUCACAACGACCAACGCAACAUCCACAACCAGGAAACUGAUACGAGUAACGUCGAUGGCACGGAAGGCGAAGAUGUAGAAGAUAUGGCCAGUUUGAUGUCAGGAGACCUCUUUUUCGACAAGGCGACGCGGGAGCGCGCCAUCCGUGUGGACGGCCAUUAUCAUGGUUGGCUCGACCCUGGGGUUAUUGAGAGAUACGGAUUUGAGACGAACGCAAAAGAUGCUUGGGAAGCAAACGGCGGCGGUAGCUUUUCUUUCAAGGAUCCUCUCGGAUUGCAAUCGGACACUGCUGGUACUUCAAGAUCCAAGACAGCCAAGCGACCGAAGCACGAGGCCAAGAUGGUCGCCAAGGGUCUGUUCAAGAAGAAUCCCAACGCGUUCUUUUAUCGACACAACGAACCCGGUCAGGAGCAAUGGACGGGCGACUGGACAGCCGAAGAGCAAGAAAUCUUCCUUAAGGUGGCAGCAGAACACGGAUGUGGCGACAAGUGGGGCCUCUUUGCCAGCCAUAUCCCUCACAGAGUUGGCUAUCAGUGCAGUAACUUCUACCGCCAGGUGGUUCUCCCGGAAGGCAUGGUAUUUGACCCUAACUACGAGUACACUUCAAGAGGGAAGCCCAUCUAUUGCGGAAAACACAACCAAUGGCGAAAGUGA